AUGGCUCUCAGGAACGCCUCUGCCCCUCUGCUCUCAGACAUGUUGCCCGAGUCCUACUCCAACCGGGUCCAGCCCUCUCCCUCCCCCAGAACCACCACCAUCACCAGGAGCAGGCUCCAGGAGGACGCUCCGAAGCUGCAGCACGUCGUGGGGAACCUCAAGGCCGAGAACAGUUUAUCGCUGACCAAAUGUCCCUCCGUGCAGAUGCGCAGUUACUCUGGCUGGAUCCAAAGACACGUCUGCAAGAAGGAAUGUUGCUACUUCAAACCCAGCACCAGUGAGGGUCGCUGUGGGUGCGGACUGAGGAAGAACAGUCAUGUGGACGAGGCCCUGAGACCCGCUGAGGCCGUAGAGAGCUGGGACCUGCACAAACAUGUCCGAGAGGCCCCCACUGACGCCUAUGGGAAUGUGUGCCUUGGAGGCCUGGGACAUAAGACCGCCAAGUAUGUCCGAGUCUCCUCGGACACUGAGCCUGAGCUGCUGUAUGAGCUGCUGACAGAGCAGUGGAAGCUGCCUCCUCCAAACCUGCUGAUCUCAGUCACUGGAGGAGCCAAGAACUUCUACUUGAGGGCCCGCCUCAAGAACAUGUUCCACAGGGGCCUCAUCAAGGUGGCCCAGACCACAGGGGCCUGGAUUCUGACCGGUGGCACUAACACUGGGGUGAUGAAGCACGUGGGGCAGGCGGUGAGAGACCACGCCCUCAGCAGCUCCAUGGGGGGGCACAUCGUCGCCAUCGGGGUGGCCACAUGGGGGAUCCUCCACAACAGACAUACCCUCAUCAACCCCAAGGGCUGUUUCCCGGCCUACUACGAGGCGGAUGUGGAGGGUCAGGGCCACCUCUGCUGCCUGGACCAGAACCACACACACUUCCUGCUGGUGGACAAUGGCACACAUGGUCAGUACGAAGCCGAGAUCCAGCUGAGGGCGCGGCUGGAGAAGUACAUAUCCAGGAAGAGGCUCUCCAACCAAGCCAGCGGAGUGGACAUCCCUGUGGUGUGUGUGGUGUUGGACGGAGGACCAGGAACUCUCAACCCGAUCCUGUUCCAGACCAUGUACAACGCCAUGCUCAACGGGACCCCCUGUGUGGUGAUGGAGGGGUCCGGCAGGAUCGCAGACGUCGUGGCCCAUGUGGCGGAGCUCCCCGUGAGCCGCGUCUCCAUCGCUCUGGUCCAGCAGCUCAUGAAGAAGUUCUUUGGUCAAGAGUACGACUGCUUCUCCGACUGUAGGAUCAUUGAAUGGACCAAAAAGAUCCAGGAUAUCCUCCGGGCGCCGCAUCUGCUGACCGUGUUCAGAAUCACUGCAGACAGCGACGGGGAGGUGGACAUGGCCAUUCUCCGAGCGCUGCUCAAAGCCUCUAGGAGCGGCUCGGGGCCCGGGUCUGGUCCUGGGGCUGAGGACUCUCAGAGGCAGCUGGAGCUCGCUGUAGCCUGGAACAGAGUGGACAUCGCCAACACAGAGAUCUUCACCGACGAGAGGCAGUGGAAGUCAGAGCAGCUGCACAGUGCCAUGCUGUCUGCUCUUGUGGGGAACAAGCCUGAGUUUGUGAGUUUGCUGCUGGAGAACGGUGUGAGUCUGUGGGACUUCCUUCAGGAGGAGACUUUGUGUGAGCUCUACAGACAGCUGCCCACCUGCCUGUUCCUGAGGCGCCUCGCCCGCAGAGCCACGGAGCAGCAGCGCCGCCGCAAGCCGCCGCUGGGACUGCGCCCUCGAGCCUUCUCCACCCAGAGCCAGACCAUCUCCCUGAGCCACGUGUCCGAGGAGGUGCGGCGUCUCCUGGGGACCUUCACCCACCACAUCUACUCCCCCACCCCCAACGUGUACCUGCUGGACAUGUCCACGGCCUCGGACUCCCACUCCAAAAGUCUGGGAUCUCAGAACAUGUACAGAGAGGAGUCUGCAGACCCUGACAGAAACCCAGAGAGAGACCUGUUCCUCUGGGCCAUCCUGCACAACAACAAGGCUAUGGCCCAGAUCGCUUGGGAGGAGAGCAGAGACUCUAUGGCGGCGGCUCUCGCUGCCUCCAAGAUCCUGAAGAAACUCUCAGAGGAAGAUAAAGAUGCAGACGAGGCGGCGGAGAUGAAGGAGCUGGCCACACUGUACGAGACGCAGGCUAUGGGUGAGGACCUGGGGGAGAGAGGGGAGGGGGAAGAGAGGGGUGAGGACCAACAGGAGAGAGGGGUGAGGACCACUGGGAGAAGGAUAGGAGGGGUGAGGACCACUGUGGGAGGGAGAGGAGGGGUGAGGACCAACAGGGGAGAGGGGUUAGGACCUGGUGAUGACCACUGGGAGAAGGAGAGGAGGGGUGAGGACCACUGUGGGAGGGAGAGGAGGGGUGAGGACCACUGGGAGAAGGAGAGGAGGGAUGAGGACCACUGUAGGAGGGAGAGGAGGGAGGUCUUCAGUGAGUGCUUCUCCUGUGAUGAGGAGCGAGCUCAGAAACUUCUGGUUCGUGUGUCUCCGUUCUGGGGACGGAGCACGUGUCUGAGAGUCGCCCUGGAGGCCAACGACCAGAACUUUGUGGCUCAGUCUGGGGUUCAGACCUACCUGAACACUCUGCAGGGCUAA